AAGUAAAGGGUAACACAGUGAGAACAUGUGACAGAGAGGAGUGUGUUUACAGCAGAGCUGCAUUCAUGAAGAGCGAGGUGUUGGUGUUAUAUUUUGCGAAAAGCGCAGAAUUAACAGGGAUUAAAUCUGAGACCAUCAGUGUCCAGUCAGAGCUAAGCACCCUUCAGCUGUGGCAGGAGCUGGAGAAGCUCCACCCAAAACUGAGCGCUGUGCGUGAUCAGGUGGUGUUAGCAGUGCGUCAGGAGUACGUGUCUCUGGGUGAUCAGCGUGUGAUCCUGAGGGACGGGGACGAGGUCGCCAUCAUCCCCCCUCUCAGCGGAGGAUAACUGAGCUUUAAC